GCAAACAGGAAAUGAUGUUCAAGCACUACAUCCAGACAGGGAUUGACAUAAUGAACGCAGCUCCUCUAACAGACUCCUUUUUGGAGGGACUUCAUAAUCAGCUCCCUCCCAAGCUGAGAAUCCAGGCAAAGCUGAACCUGCUGGACAAUGAAAUCAGGGAGAAAUACCUGAAGAACAUCAGAACUGCAAUCUUAACACAAGCACUCAGGGAUCCUACUGAAAAUGAGACGAGCAGCAAGAAGGAAAAACCAUCUCACAGACUCGAACUAGAAGUCCUGCCCAAGCCGUGGAACGGAUCAUUUGUCCAGGCCAGAAAGAGGAUGAGUCAAAAUCUUCACUGCAUCAGCUGGUUUCUGCAGCAAAUUAUGCUUCUGUGGCAUGAAUCUUACAAAGACGUUCGUCUGAUUGAUGUGGCGAUUUUCCACGGCAGAGAGAAGUGCUUUGAGCUUUCUGAGUUUCAGCAGAUUAUCACCGAACAGAUGGCGCUCCAUAAAAACGUCCUCCUCGAUACUUGGUUUCUUGAUGUGAAGUACAUUUUCGAUGAGGGUGGCUUGCCCUGCCAGCUGCCUUCACUCAUAAAGACGGGUCAACUGGAGUCUUUCUUCAACUGUGCAGCAACUCUGAUGACUCUGCAGCUGCAGAAACUUACUCUCAGCUCACUGAGCGACUACACAAGUCUCAUUUCUAAGGAUAUGCACUCAGACAGAUCCAGAAAGACGUCAGGCUUUGUUGUACAUCUGAUCUUAGAGGACUCUGACAUCAAGUUUGAGCCAGACUUCAGGGAGUAUGAGGAGGCCCUUAUUGCUGGGUUUGAGCUCAUGCUGAGGACCACCAGUGAUAUGCCACGGAUAGAAACCAAACUCUUUGUGGAUUGGGAAGAAUUUUUAUUUGGCAAAGCUUUGAAGCCCAUCAUCCUUCCAGAGAUCAUACAAGCCCAGCAGGAGGAGGUACGCAGGGCUUUCUGGGCUGAGACAAUACGACCCAAAGAGUACAUCCACCAGUAUGACCAGUAUGCCAUGCUGGUGACCGGGAAGGCAGAGGAGAAGGUGCAGCAUUUCCUCAGUCAACAGAAACCCUUCCAUGAGAUCAUGGAAGAGGCAAUCUACUAUCAGAAGCUUGCUAAUGAGAUUAAGUUCACAUCAUCCCCGGUAGUUCGGCUCAGCAUGUUUGAGGUGCACUCCCACCGACUCCUCGGCUCUCUGGUCGAACGUGCUCAGGAGCUGAAUCAGAAACUGACGACAAAGAUGUUACAGGACCAUCAGGGGAUCAACAGAAGGCUCUGCACUGAUUUUGAGAAGAUUUCAGAGAAGGCUCUGAGUCCCCCAGCUGAUACUCUGACAAUGACGGAGCUAAAGAGCUCCAUUAAGAAGAUUUGGGCCACAGAGAUACCUCUUCUGGGUCAGCGGCUGGCUGACUCCAAAAGACUGCUGUGUUCUCUGUCAGACAUUGCGACUCUUUCGCCGGAGCACAAGCAGCUCCACAACCAAACCGUACACUGGUUCCAGCAUAUGCCGUCAAUAUUAGAGCAACACCAGCAGAUCGUUGAAGAGAAGACGGAGUGUUUCCAGGUUGCUCUCAAGGUCGAACGGGUGGAAUUCACAAAGAAACUGGAAAGCUACAGCUUGGAGAUUGAGACGUUUCUUGGUUACGAUUACCUGUUGGAUCUCAACGAGUAUUUGACGCAUGCAAGGGACCUUAAUGCAAGGCUGGAAUUGGACAGAGAGAAGAUUAACCAGUUUAAUCUGGAGGAGGAGGCCUUCGGCUGGCCUGUGUCCCAGUAUCCCCAGUGGACACAGACCCAGGAGAGGCUGACACCAUUUCUACGCCUCUAUGAGACAGCCUCUGACUUCUUGAGAAGCCAUGAACAGUGGCUCCAUGGGCCCCUCUCUGCUGUCAACCCAGAUAAGGUGGAAGCUGACAUUGAAAACCACUGGCGGACUUUAUACAAGCUGGAGAAAAGCUUCAGUGAGGCGCCCAAUGCCCUGAGGAUAGCCACCGCUGUGAAGGCUAAAGUGGAGGGCUUUAAGGAGCUCGUUCCCAUGGUGCAGGUGUUGUGCAACCCAGGCCUGCGCACGCGCCACUGGGACGCCAUGUCCGAGCUGGUUGGGUUUCCUCUGCACCCCAUCAAUGAGAAGACAUGCGUGGCUCAGUACCUGGACAGGGGGCUGGAGACACAUCUGAGCAGCUUUAACAGCAUCAGCGAGUUGGCCAGCAAGGAGCACUCUCUGGAGAAAGCCCUGGAGAAGAUGUACAGCGAGUGGCGUGACAUGAAGUUCAGCCUGAUGGCGCAUCGAGAAACAGGGACCUUCAUCCUGUCCUCUGUGGAGGAGGUCCAGCUGCUAAUGGAUGAUCAAACUGUGAAAACACAAACCAUGAAGGGCUCGCCUUUCAACAAGCCUUUUGAGGAGAAGAUACGAGAGUGGGAGGCCAAGCUGCUGCUCCUGCAGGAGAUCCUGGACGAGUGGUUAAAGAUGCAGACCAACUGGCUCUGCCUGGAGCCCAUCUUUAGCUCCCCAGACAUCAUGGGGCAGAUGCCAGAGGAGGGACUCAGCUUCAAAACCGUGGAUAAAACAUGGAGGGAGUUAAUGAGGCAGGUUUCCCAGGACAGGCAUGUUUUAGCUGUGAUGGUGAUUGACAAGGUGCUGGAGAAGCUAAAAAGGUCCAACCAAAUCCUGGAACGUAUACACAAAGGGCUUAAUAACUACCUGGAGAAGAAACGUCUCUAUUUCCCUCGAUUUUUCUUCCUCUCCAAUGAAGAACUUCUGGAGAUCCUCUCAGAGACCAAAGACCCCACAAGAGUGCAGCCUCAUCUGAAGAAGUGCUUCGAAGGCAUUGCAAGUGUGGUGUUCACUGACACACUGGGUAUCAGCCAUAUGAAGAGCAGUGAAGGUGAAACAGUGCAGCUCCUGAACAUCAUCUCCACCUCCAAAACCAGGGGUCAGGUGGAGAAAUGGCUUCUUGAACUGGAGAAUAGCAUGGCUGUGUCCUUAAAAAAGGUAAUCAAAGAUGCAAUCAAGGCCUACCCAGAUGAGGAGAGGAGGAACUGGGUCCGCGCCUGGCCGGGCCAGACUGUGCUGUGUGUCUCACAGGUCUACUGGACCAAGGAUAUCCAUGAGGCUCUUGGUUCAGGACCAAAGGCCCUGGAUGCCUACCUGGCACAGAACAACAGACAGAUAGAUGACAUUGUGGCUCUGGUUCGUGGAAAGCUGUCCAAACAAAACCGGGGGACUCUUGGAGCUCUUGUGGUGCUGGACGUCCAUGCCCGUGACGUUUUGGCCACAUUGGUGCAAAAAGGCAUCAGUGACGAAAAUGACUUUGAGUGGCUGAGCCAGCUGCGCUACUACUGGGAGGAUGAUAAUUUGCACACAAAGAUGAUCAAUGCUGGUUUACCUUAUGGCUAUGAAUACCUGGGCAACACUCCAAGGCUGGUUAUUACUCCCCUCACUGACCGCUGUUACCGUACUUUGUUUGGUGCCCUUCAUCUCCAUUUGGGAGGGGCCCCUGAGGGCCCAGCAGGCACAGGAAAAACGGAGACCACCAAAGACUUGGCCAAAGCAGUGGCCAAGCAGUGUGUGGUUUUUAACUGCUCAGAUGGGCUGGACUACAUAGCAUUGGGCAAAUUCUUUAAAGGCCUUUUGUCCUGUGGAGCUUGGGCCUGCUUUGACGAGUUUAACCGCAUCGACCUGGAGGUGCUGUCCGUGGUCGCCCAGCAGAUUCUCACCAUUCAGAGAGGGAUUGCUGGUCAUACUAAAAAGCUGAUCUUUGAGGGGACAGAACUGGAACUGGACCCCUCAUGUGCUGUAUUCAUCACCAUGAAUCCUGGCUAUGCUGGACGCUCAGAGCUGCCAGACAACCUCAAGGCUCUGUUCAGGACGGUGGCUAUGAUGGUGCCGGAUUACGCCAUGAUUGCAGAGAUCGUGCUUUACUCCUGUGGCUUUGUGACACCGCGGCCUCUAUCAGUGAAAAUCGUGGCAACAUAUCGCCUGUGUUCGGAGCAGCUGUCCUCACAGAGUCACUAUGACUACGGCAUGAGAGCCGUCAAAUCUGUGCUGACCGCUGCAGGAAACCUGAAGUCGGCUUUUCCAGACGAGAACGAGGACACACUGUUGCUAAGAUCCAUCAUCGAUGUCAAUCUGCCAAAGUUCCUGGCCCAUGAUCUGAAGCUUUUUGAGGGUAUUACCUCUGAUCUCUUCCCGGGUGUUAAAGUCCCAGAACGGGACUAUCACAUUCUCAUGGAAGCCAUUAAGGAAACCUGCCAGCUCAUGAACCUUCAACUGAACAAGUUCUUCACUGAGAAAAUCCUGCAGAUCUACGAGAUGAUGAUCGUAAGGCAUGGCUUCAUGAUAGUUGGUGAACCAUUUGGAGGGAAAACCAGUGCCUACCGUGUGUUGGCUGCAGCUCUUUGUGACAUCUUUGAAAAGGGUCUGAUGGAUGAGAACAAGGUCCAGAUUACAGUAAUAAACCCCAAAUCUAUAACCAUGGGAGAGCUGUACGGCCGCUUUGACCCUAUCACUCAUGAGUGGUCCGAUGGCAUCCUGGCUAUCAGCUACAGAAACUUCGCCUUGUCCAAGAGCCCUGACAGGAAAUGGCUGGUCUUCGAUGGUCCAGUCGAUGCAGUGUGGAUCGAGAACAUGAACACAGUGCUGGAUGACAACAAGAAGUUGUGUCUGAUGAGUGGGGAAAUUAUUCAGAUGUCGCCUCAAAUGAACCUCAUCUUUGAGCCGAUGGACCUGGAGGUGGCAUCUCCAGCCACGGUGUCUCGCUGCGGUAUGAUCUACUUGGAGCCCCACAUGCUUGGCUGGAGACCCCUCAUGCUUUCUUGGCUCAACACUCUGCCAGCUGCAGUCAAUGAUUCGCACAAAACCCUCAUCACCGCCCUGUUUGACCGCACACUGCCUGCCUGCCUGCAACUCAUACGAAAAGCAACCAAGGAGCUGUCCCCGACCUCCGACACCAAUCUGGUGAAGUCCCUGAUGAAUCUGAUGGACUGCAUGAUGGAUGAGUUUCAUGACCAAGCAACAAUUAACAGCAUGAGUGAAAACUAUAUUUGCUCCUGGUUGGAGGGUAUCUUUGUGUUCUGCCUGGUGUGGUCAGUGGGGGGCAGCUGUGACGAUUUGGGCCGAGUGAAGUUCGACUCUGUGCUGAAAGAGAUGCUGAGGGGCCCUUUGAGCAAAGAGACGAUGACCCGACAUGGCAUUUUGAGCAGUGCUGAUGCUCCGGCCAAACCGCUGAGAGUUCGUCUCCCCGCCAAGGGUACACUCUACCAGUAUCGCUUCAUUAAGGAGGGCCCAGGCAGAUGGGAGCUUUGGACUGACCAGCUACAGACUGCACCCCCCAUACGCAGAGACAUGCAGUUCAACGAGAUCAUCGUGCCCACCGAGAACACCGUACGCUACAUGGCGCUGAUGGAGCUCCUCGUUACUCACCAGAGGCCGACUAUUUUCAUCGGCCCCACUGGCACCGGGAAGAGUGUCUACAUCACUGACUUCCUGUUGAAUAAGCUGCAGAAAGAUGAGUACAGCCCUUUAUUUAUUAGCUUCUCAGCUCAGACCACAGCAGCCCAGACUCAAAACCUCAUCAUAUCCAAGUUAGAUAAGCGACGCAAGGGAGUGUUCGGACCACCACCGGGAAAGAAAAUGGUGGUGUUUGUAGAUGAUGUCAACAUGCCAGCCAGGGGGGAUUACGGUGCUCAGCCCCCUGUGGAGCUCCUGCGUCAGUGGCUGGACUGCCAGAACUGGUAUGAUCUCAAAGACUGCUCCCCGAUCAGCCUGAUGGACACCCAGAUCAUAUGUGCCAUGGGGCCUCCAGGUGGGGGAAGGAAUCCUGUCACCCCUCGUUUCCUGCGCCAUUUCAACCUGAUCAGCAUCAAUGAAUUUGAUGAGCAGACCAUGCAUACGAUCUUCUCCAGGAUCACUAGGUGGCAUUUUACCACACGGUUUUCCUUCCCAAAGCCAUUUGCAUCCUUGAUCCCUGAGAUAGUCGGCAGUACUCUGUCCAUGUACCAGGAGGUGACCAACAACCUGCUACCAACGCCCAAAAAAUCCCAUUAUUUGUUUAAUCUGCGUGAUGUUUCCCGAGUCAUCCAGGGUAUCUGCCUGUCAAGGCCAGAAACAGCAGAGAAGCCUUCUGUCAUCAGAAGACUUUGGGUCCAUGAGGUUCUCAGGGUGUACUGUGAUCGGUUGGUUGACGAUGCUGAUCGCUCCUGGCUUGUCAGCCAUCUGCAGACUGUGUUUCAGAAUCACAUGAAGGAAGACUUUCACCAGCUCUUCCAGCACCUGGAUCAGGACCAGGAUGGAGUGGUGACCGAAGACGACCUGCGCAGCCUCAUGUUUUGUGAUUUCCAUGACCCCAAGGGUGAAGACCAGAACUACCGUGAGGUCCACGACCUGGAGCAGCUGCGUCAGGUGGUGGAGUCACACCUGGAAGAAUACAACACCAUCUUCAAAGCACCCAUGAAAUUGGUGCUGUUCCGCUUCGCUAUCGAGCAUAUCUGCCGCAUUUCUCGCAUCAUCAAGCAGCCGUGCGGGCACGCCCUGCUGGUGGGAAUGGGUGGCAGCGGGCGGCAGUCGCUCACCCGGCUGUCGGCCUACAUGGCAGAGGCAGAGCUGUUUCAGGUGGAAAUCACAAAAACCUAUGGGAUCAAUGAAUGGCACGAUGACCUUAAGAAGAUUCUCAGGAAGUCUACCGAGGGCGAAGCUCAUGGCGUGCUCCUCUUCACCGACUCUCAGAUCAAGAUGGAGUCCUUCCUGGAGGAUAUUGGCAACCUGCUCAACACUGGAGAGGUCCCCAACCUGUUUGCUGUGGAUGAGAAGCAGGAAAUCUGUGAAAGGAUGCGUGUGCUGGACCGCCAACGCGAUCGAGCCAAGCAGACAGAUGGCAGCCCAUUGUCCCUGUUCAACAUGUUCUUAGAGCGCUGCCGCACACAGCUGCACGUAGUGCUGGCCAUGAGCCCAAUCGGAGACGCCUUCAGGGACCGCUUAAGACGAUUUCCCGCCCUCAUUAACUGCUGCACCAUUAACUGGUUUCAGUCUUGGCCUGAGGAUGCCCUGCAUGCCGUGGCUGAUCGCUUCCUGGAGGACAUUGAGAUGGCUGAUCGGACCCGAGAAGGCUGCAUCCACAUGUGCAAAAUAUUUCAUACAUCUGCUAUUGAUGUGUCGGCUCGCUUUUUAGAUGAACUACAGCGCUACAACUAUGUCACUCCAACUUCUUACCUGGAGUUUAUUUCUAACUUCAAAGCACUGCUGGGGACAAAAAGAGAAGAAGUGUUGAAACUAAAACAUUGCUAUGCAGUUGGUCUUGAAAAGCUGCAGUCAGCUGCAGACCAAGUGGCGACCAUGCAGGUCGAACUGGAAGCCCUGCAGCCAGACCUACUGGUGGCCAGCAAACAGGUAGACGAGAUGAUGGAGUUGAUCAAACUUGAGUCCAAGGAGGUAGCUGAGACAGAGAAGGUGGUGAAGGAAGACGAGGCUGUGUCCAACCAACAAGCCAUGGCUGCCAAGGUCAUAAAGGAUGAGUGCAACGCCGAGCUGGCUAAAGUACAGCCUCAACUGGAUAAAGCCCGGGAAUCAUUGAAUACUCUAACUCCUCAGGAUAUGACGCUGUUGAAGUCCAUGAAAAAUCCUCCCCCAGCUGUCAAGCUGGUUAUGGAGGCGAUUUGCAUUCUUAAAGGUGUCAAGCCAGAUCGAGUGCCGGAUUCCUCAGGUUCUGGUAGAAUGGUGGAGGACUACUGGGGUCCGGCCAAAAAGCUUUUGGGAGAUAUAAGGUUUCUACAGAGCCUCCAUGAAUACAAUAAGGACAACAUUCCAGCAAACCUAAUGGCCAUCAUCAACCAGAAGUACAUCGAUAACAAAGACUUUAAGCCAGAAAAGAUCAGAGUUGCUUCUGCUGCAGCGGAGGGAAUCUGUAGCUGGAUCAUCGCCAUUUCCCAUUAUGACGUUGCAAUCAAGAAAGUGGCUCCAAAAAGGGCAAAGCUUAAAGUGGCUGAAGAAGAGCUGCGGGUUGCCAUGGACGCCCUCUACAUUAAGCAGGCUGCCCUCAAAGAAGUCCAAGAAAAGCUUGCAAAGCUCCAAGAUACUUUAGAGAAAAAUAAAAUAAAAAAAGCUGAUCUGGAGCAGCAGGUGGAUCUGUGCAGUAAAAAACUAGAGAGAGCUGAGCAGCUGAUUGGAGGCUUGAGUGGAGAGAAGAUCCGCUGGAGUGAGAUGGCCCUCAGUCUGGAACAGCUCUUUGACAACCUGACUGGGGACAUCCUCAUAUCAGCGGGCAUCAUGACUUACCUGGGAACCUUCACCUCCAAAUACAGACAGGAUCAGGUGGAGAAAUGGAUCGAUCUGUGCAGAAGCAUAGAGAUACCGUGUUCUUCCAACAUGUCUCUCGUGAACUCGCUGGGUGACCCAGUAAAGAUCCGGGAAUGGACCGCCGCUGGCCUCCCUUCAGACAGCCUCUCUAUAGACAACGCUAUAAUCAUAUCAAAUGCCAGGCGAUGGCCCCUGAUGAUUGACCCGCAAGGCCAGGCCAACAAGUGGGUGAAAAACAUGGAGAAAGCCAACAGCCUGCAUAUCAUCAAACUGAGUGACUCAGACUUUGUGCGAAGUCUGGAAAACUGCAUCCAAUUUGGAACUCCAGUGCUGCUGGAGAACGUCGGUGAAGAACUGGACCCCAUCCUGGAGCCUCUCCUGCUCAAAAAGACCUUCAAACAGGGCGGGACUCUGUGCAUCCGACUGGGAGAUAAAACUAUAGAGUAUGCAGCUGAUUUCCGCUUCUAUAUCACCACAAAGUUACGCAACCCUCACUAUUUACCUGAGAUCUCAGUGAAGGUGACACUGCUGAACUUCAUGAUUACCCCUGAGGGCAUCCAGGACCAGCUGCUGGGAAUCGUGGUGGCUCAGGAAAGGCCAGAUCUGGAGGAGGAGAAACAAGCCCUCAUCCUCCAGGGAGCAGAAAACAAAAGACAGCUGAAGGAGAUAGAGGAUAAGAUCCUGGAGGUGCUCUCCUCCUCAGAGGGCAACAUUCUAGAGGACGAAAAAGCCAUUAAUGUCCUGUCCAGCUCCAAGCUUUUAUCCAAUGAAAUCACAGAAAAACAGGCCGUGGCUGAGAAGACCGAGCUGAAGAUUGAUAAGACCCGCAUGGACUACAAACCCAUCGCCGUUCACUCUUCCAUCCUGUUCUUCUCUAUUGCUGACCUGGCUAACAUCGAGCCCAUGUACCAGUACUCCCUGACCUGGUUUAUUAACCUCUUCAUCAGCUCCAUCGACGGCUCAGAGAAGACCCAAGACGUUGGACAGAGACUGCAGAUCCUCAGAGACCAUUUUACCUACGCGCUGUACGUCAACGUGUGCCGCUCUCUGUUUGAGAAGGACAAGCUGCUUUUUUCCUUCUGCCUCAGUGUCAAUCAGCUCAUGCACAACAAGCUGGUGGAGGAGGUGGAGUGGCGCUUCCUUCUUACAGGCGGCGUAGGCCUGGACAACCCUCACACCAAUCCCUGCAGCUGGCUUCCUCAAAAGUCUUGGGAUGAAAUCUGUCGUCUAGAUGAGAUUGAAAGCUUCAGAAACCUCCGUCAGGAUUUUAAUGAACACCUCAGUGAUUGGAAAGAGGUUUAUGAGAACCCGAACCCCCAUCAGACUCCGUUCCCGGGUAUGUGGCAGGAGAAGCUGAGCCGCUUUCAGAAGAUGAUGGUGAUCCGUUGUCUCAGACCCGACAAGAUUGUCCCCAUGGUGCAGGAGUUUGUAUCAGACAAUUUGGGCCAACCCUUCGUCGAACCUCCGCCCUUUAACCUGAGCACGGCCUUCACUGACAGCCAAUGCUGCUCUCCCCUCAUCUUCCUCCUAUCUCCCGGCUCAGACCCAAUGGCGGCUCUGCUUAAAUUCGGAGAUGAGAAGGGCUUCUCUGGUAACAAGCUGACGUCCCUGUCUCUGGGCCAAGGACAGGGGCCCAUCGCCAUGAAAAUGAUUCAGACAGGCAUUAAUGAUGGCACCUGGGUGGUUCUGCAGAACUGCCACUUAGCUACUUCAUGGAUGUCAACACUAGAGAGCGUUUGUGAGGGACUGGGACCAGACACCACCCACCCAGACUUCAGACUGUGGCUGACUAGCUACCCCUCCUCCACCUUUCCUGUGACCGUUCUCCAGAACGGAGUUAAGAUGACCAACGAGGCUCCGAAGGGCCUCCGCUCCAACAUCGCCCGCUCCUUUUUGAUGGACCCUAUCUCCGAUCCAGAGUUCUUCAACAGCUCCAACAAGCCGGCUGUGUUCAAGAAACUGCUGUACGGCUUGUGUUUCUUCCACGCCCUGACCCAGGAAAGAAGGAAGUUUGGACCUUUAGGAUGGAACAUCCCUUAUGAGUUCAAUGAGACGGACCUGAGGAUCUCUGUGCAGCAGCUGCACAUGUUCCUGGAACAGUAUCAGGAAGUCCCGUUUGAUGCCCUGCGCUACAUGACUGGAGAGUGUAACUACGGAGGACGGGUGACUGAUGACUGGGACAGACGAACUCUGCGCACUAUCCUCUCCAUCUUCUACAAUUCGCACAUAAUAGAGGACCCUGACUAUAAGUUUGAUGCCAGCGGGCUUUACGGAGCACCACCAGAGGGCGAUUACAACAGCUACUUAGAGUUUACAAAGUCACUUCCUCUCAACCCGUCACCGGAGAUCUUUGGCAUGAACGCCAACGUAGACAUCGCCAAGGACCAGGCCGAGACGCAGCAUCUGUUUGACAGCAUCCUGCUCACACAGUCCCGCUCUGCAGGCAGAGACGCCAAAUCCUCCGACGACAUGGUGUUUGAAGUGGCGGCCGAUAUCCUGAGCAAGCUGCCUGCAGACUUUGACUUGGAAGCUGUGCUGAGGCGCUUUCCCACCAGCUACCAGCAGAGCAUGAACACAGUGCUGGUGCAGGAGAUGGGCCGCUUCAACAACCUGCUCUGCACCAUCCGGGAGUCCUGCAUCAACAUUCAGAAGGCCAUAAAGGGCCUGGUGGUGAUGUCAGCAGAGCUGGAGGAAGUAGUCAGCAGCAUCCUAAAUGGUCGUGUCCCCAGCAUGUGGAUGAAGAAGUCGUACCCCAGCCUGAAGCCGCUGGGAAGCUACGUCAACGACUUCCUCCAGAGACUCAAGUUCUUACAGGACUGGUACGAUGAAGGAACACCCGCUGUCUUCUGGAUAUCUGGGUUUUUCUUCACCCAGGCAUUUCUCACAGGCAGCCUGCAGAACUAUGCCAGAAAACACAGCAUUCCCAUCGACCUGCUGGGCUUUGACUUCCAGGUCCUGGACGACGGUCAAUAUCUUCACCCCCCAGAGGACGGUGUUUACAUCAGAGGCCUGUUCCUAGAUGGCGCUCGCUGGGACAGAGACGGCAACUGUCUGGCAGAGUCCUUUCCCAAAGUGCUGCACGAUGCCAUGCCGGUGAUGUGGCUGAAGCCCAUGAAGCGGCAGGAUGUUCCUGAGAGGAUGUGCUACCUGGCUCCCGUCUACAAGACAAGCGAGCGGCGAGGAACUCUGUCCACCACCGGACACUCCACCAACUACGUGGUCGCCAUGACGUUGAACUCCGACGUCCCCCCCGAGCACUGGAUCAGAAGAGGAGUCGCUCUGCUCUGUCAGCUCAGCUCGUAGCUGCAGCUUUGUUUCAGCACCAAGGUGUGAAUAAAACGUUUAACACAUGCAAA